AAUCGGCCCUGCCCGGCCGAUCGUUCGCCGUUUUUUAUGCAUGCACUCUUGCGCCCGAGCUGUCAAACGCAGCCGAUGGUGUAACUUUCUAGCGACACCCCGUCCGCUGCAUCUGCUCUGUGCAAUAUUUACCAUUCAUUGUUCGUCCGUCGGUCAGCUAUUGCGCCUCCCAACUAGGCAAGGUGAUACGCUGCCGCUAGCACUGUGCACUCUACGCUACAACUGCGGGUCGGUGGGAAUCAGUGGCAAAAGGGUUCGGUGGAGCAAAGCAAAGGAACGAAGAAAAAAGUCACGACAAGAACGCCGAGUUCCUCCUGCGAGUGGCUGCUCACCGAGAGGGCGUGUGAAGCGUGUUAGUACGAUGGUGUGGAAGCAAUAGAAAUUCGUUCGAUGCGUACGGAAAGGGCAAAAUCAUCGCAAAUGUCAAAGUGAGGCGAAAGCGUAUCGCAUUUUUUUUUCUCCUCCCCGCACAUCCCUGCACGACGUACACAGAUUUGUCGAGUGAAUUGUGGCAAACGCGAGGCAAACGGCACCGCAGAUUAGAUUAGAGCGAAUCCGAUUCCCCCCGCAGGGUGUGAAGGAAAUUUUCUAGCGUUGUUUCUAAACCGUUCUGCCUGUCGUGUGUGUGUGGUGUGGUGCUUUGUAAGGAGGUGCCUGUUUGAGAAAUUCUCUUUGUUUCUGUCCUUGCCUACUGUCUGCCUGCCUGCUGCUUGCACGUACGAAACGAAACGCAAGCAAACGAGUGUGUGACGAGGGAGGGCAGCCAGUGGUGGUGGUGGUGGCCACGACAGUGUGUGCAAGCGGGUGCCAGUAAAUUAGUGGCAAACGAGAGGGGGAGUGUGUGUGUGUGUGUGAAAGGAGAGAGAGAGAAAGAGAGAGCGAGAGAGCGGGGCAGGGAUUGCACCAACACACCGAGCAGCGGCCGCAAGUGCAAUUUUUUCUUCGUGUGUGCGCAACACUCAACGCUCGCGUACACAAUCCGGAAGUUCGCGAUGGAUGGUGAAUCGGAAAAACAGCCGCUCCUGAAGCAAGCAGCACAGCAACAGUCGCAGGAAUCAGGAUCAGUGCAGCCGGUCGUGAAUGCAUCCCCGAUCGGGCCGGACGAGGUACCGCCGUCGUAUCAGCAGGAGCAACAGAAUAGUAUUAUCGUGACGUGCCGCGUGUGCCAGGCACUGAUCGACAUCUCCUGGAAGAAGGAACAGCACGUCGUCAAGUGUCUGCAGUGCAACGAAGCGACGCCCAUUCGAAAUGCACCGGCCGGCAAGAAGUACGUACGAUGCCCGUGCAACUGUCUGCUGAUUUGCAAGAGCUCUUCCCAGCGGGUGGCCUGCCCGCGGCCCAACUGCAAACGCAUCAUCAAUCUGGCCCCGAGCCCGGUCACGCCGCCGCUGCUCCCAAUGCCCGGCAUGUGCCGCGUUACCUGCGGCCACUGUCACGACACGUUCUUGUUUGAUACGCUGAAGAAUAAUCUAGCGAGAUGCCCGCACUGUCGCAAGGUGUCGUCGGUCGGGGCCGACUUUUGCCGCAAGCGUCGCAAUCUACACUUCCUUGGUGGAAUUAUAUUUUUGGCUAUCGGUAUCGGCGUUACAUUCGCCACCUACACCUACGUGAGGGUAAGUUUCUCCAUCGCUCCGUCCUUCCUUCCACACACUAACCAGCACACUCUCCCUCUCUCCACUGUGCACUUCUUUGCAGGAUUACGGUGGCAUAUUUGUGGCGUACAUCAGCCUUUAUCUCAUCUCCGUGCUGCUCUUCGCGAAGGCGCUCUACUACUGCUCGCUCAAGAUUAGCAACAUUGAUGGGCCGUUUACGACGGUCACUUCUUAAAACAGACUACCGUAAAGUGCAACACAUUCCUAACAUGAGCAAGCAGCAAGCGCCGGCGGCGGCGUCUUUUGCUGCGCAGCCCGUGCGUGUGCGCGUGUGCGUUUCGCUAUAGAGUCGAUGGAUGCGCAUUAGCAUUAGCACGGUGUGAUAAAAGCGGUAGAUAACAAUACAAAACAGUGGUGUGUGUGCGUGUGUGAAGAAACAGUUUGGAUAUGCAGCUCCAUUGGAGGAAUGAAUGGUGCGGGAAGAGAUGGUGCCACCAAACGGAAGGAAACAAAGCCCGUCGCGCAUGCGCAGAUCGGACCAAAAUUUACAGUUUGUGAGCAAACUAGAAGAGAUUAGUAAAGGGUGGGGGGAUAGGCACAGUAGGCACAGGCUAAAAAGACCGAUCAAAUAUGCAGCACAGUUGCAAAUGGGGGGAAAAAAAGAUUAAUCAAAAUUACGUAGAACAUUUGGUGGAACCCCGGGUUUCUGCCCACCCUCCGGGGUCCAGGUUAACUAUUUAGAUUGAUAGCGAAAAAAGUGCACGAAAGUAGCGUAUAUGGCUACGCUUUUUCGAAUCCAAUUGUGCGUGCUUUUGAGUUGAGUUAUUUGUAAUCAGGGUAGAAUCAUACUUUUUCCGGUGGUGUGCGUGUGUGUCGGAUAAUUUCCCAUCACUUUCCUGUUGGUUUUUGUGUAGCAAUUUUUUCCCUGUUUUGAGAGAAUAUCCUUUCAAUUAACAAUGCCGCUGGCUUGCAAUAUUGUUUACUGUCCUUUGAUUAUGUGUUGUUCGUGUUUUUCUUCAUUUUUUUUUUAAAUAACGUUUAUACAGUCUUGAAUUAUUAUUUUUACCGCACUUAGCCAUGUAUAUUAUGAGUUUAAUAUGAUUGUAUAAAACAAGAGUUUGCUAGAGAAGAUGAAAAAAAAAACAAGCAAAAAAAGAAACAGAAGCAUUGGAAGGAGGCAUGUGAAUGUGAGAAAAGUAAGCUAAAAAAACACACACAUUAACAUUACACAACAUAACUGAUAUUCGAGCGGAGGUGGGGCAGGUUUAAGCAGAACUAACAAAACCACACGAUAAUUGUGAAACAUUAGAUGUGGCCAUGAGAUGUGAUGAGGCUUGUUUGAUGUGCUCAGGAAGGCAGAAAUGAUGCCGGAUUGGGCAAUCCCCGUCAUGUAUGGGGGGGAAGGGUAUUUAAAUGUUUUAGGUAAAAAGCGUAUCAAAAGAAACAAAAGUUAGCCUGUUUUCAGUUACAACAACAGGGGUAGUCGGCACGAGAGAGAGAGAAAGGAACACAUUUAUUCAUGCAUAUUAUACAUAUGAAACAUAAAUUCAUACCCUUCACAUUUCAUACACGUGCAUUCACGUGCUAGGGGCCGGAGAGGAUGCUCUAACUGCUAGUGCCAGUGUCAUAAGCGUGUACCGGUUUGGGAGCGGGGAAACGAGCUCUGGCUGACGAUAAGGAACUGAUGCUGCAAUCUGCAUUGAAUACGAAUUGUUUCGGGUUUUCGAGAGCCGCCUAGAUAUACACAUACACACACAUAAACACACACCGUGGUUAUUAGCAAAUGUUUUACUAAAUAUUGAACAUAAUUAAGUUACGUAUCGAACGAGAAUGCUGUAAAUGGUCGUGUGCCCUUCUCCUAUCUUCGGCAACGUUGCUCCCCUUUCCCUCCCUCUAAACCAAUGUUAAUCUACUUGAGAAAUGUAAGCUAAAGUCAGCGGAGUACCGCCCUCGUUCUAAUAAUUGCAAUAUUUGUUGUGCAACUUUGCAAAAACCCCUGGCGCUGAUAUAACAGAAUCCGAUGCAAACAAUUCAGGAAGUAGCAGCUGCAGCAGCAGGAUCAGGGUUGGUGUUGUUGUGUGAGCUUGUGUGCGAUAUUAAAUGGUACCAAACGAACGCCGGUAACGGUGUCAAUGAUGUAUUGCGGAUGCAGAAUGCUCUGUCCCCCCUCUCCCAGACGGGGUAGUAGAUGCGAUCCUUAGCGAUCCUUGACCGUAGGAACGAGCGAACGAACACGAUCGAGCAAAUGAUGGCGAGACUUGGGACUGACAGGGAGGAGGGCAAGACACUCGAACCGAUAAUAAAGUAAUAUAAAAUACGCUUUCCACAAUUUCUCACUAGUAGGUGACGAGCUCUGGCCGAGAGCUGUAUAAUGCAUGAAGCAGUAAUAAAGGCAAUUUAGAUACAAUAA